GUGUCGCACACAAUUUGUGACAUUACUUGUUGACUUUACUUGUAAUCAGGAGACACUGGCGACCAUCAAUAUGCAGCAGUCUUUUCCAUCAGGAGUUGUUUAUUGGAAGUGAAGAAAGCCCCCAUACGACUCAGGCUCACACACUCACUCUAGCAAGAGAGAAAGAAGCAAGACGAACUGGGACCCAACAUUACAUCAAAAACCACAGAGAGAGGAAGUCAGCACCAGAUAAAGAUUGUCUGAGUAAAUUUAGGUUUACUCUCUCAUGACUUGAGAAGAAACUACAUCUGAACUAUUCGAUUUCUUUGUUUUUUAGGGCUUUGCAUUGGGUCAAUACAUGACUUGAGAAAAUGAUUUGAUUCAGCCAGGCAACUACAGAAAUACGCUUUGUACAGGAGAGGACACUUAAAACUUUAAUUAUCAAGUUCAGCUAUUAGAACUCAUCUCAAAAUGGAGGAUCACAGGACCAGAAUUAACAUGUUUUCUUCGGACAUCUCCAAUGACUGCACAGAUGCAACUGAGAACUCAGAAACAAUGACAUUCCCAGAUAAAGCCAUUGGCCAAGGCCUGCUUUGCCAAGUGUGUUCAGAUUCCAGCAGUGGCAAACACUACGGCAUCUACGCCUGCAACGGCUGCAGCGGCUUCUUCAAGCGCAGUGUUAGACGUAGACUCAUAUACAGGUGUCAGGCUGGAACUGGCAGGUGCCCCGUCGACAAGGCUCAUCGGAACCAGUGCCAAGCUUGUCGACUAAAGAAAUGUCUCCAGGCAGGCAUGAACAAAGAUGCUGUGCAGAAUGAGCGACAGCCCAGGAGCACAGCGCAUGUCAGUCUUGACUCCAUAAGCGUGGACAGUAAAAAGGAGCACCUGGCCACCACACGUGAACUCACAUCCUCUGCUGCCUACUUGUCGGCCGUCUGCAGACCUCUGGUCAGCUCGUCCGUCACCACCUCUGCCUCCAUACAGCCCUGCAGCAACCCCAACAACAGCCACCGCUUCAUGGUCAGCCUGCUGACGGCUGAGACCUGUGCAAAACUGGAACCCGAGGAUGUGGAGGAGAAUAUCGAUGUGACAACCAACGAUUCAGAGAGAGAUCCGACUCCCUCUGACUUCCGUAUGUCCCCGUACACUGCCAGCUGCUCAGAGGGUGUGUAUGAGACAUCAGCGAGGCUCCUCUUCAUGUCGGUCAAGUGGGCAAAGAAUUUGCCGGUUUUCGCUCAAUUGCCAUUUCGAGACCAGGUGAUUCUUCUUGAAGAGGCUUGGAGUGAGAUGUUCCUCCUGUGUGCCAUCCAGUGGUCUCUACCCAUGGACAGCUGUCCUCUCCUCUCUCUGCCUGAUCUGUCCCCGACCCAACAGAGCAGGAUCGGCCUCCCCAUCGCUGACCUUAGCACCCUGGAGGAGGCGUUCAAUCGUUUCAAGGCCCUGGCUGUUGACCCCACUGAGUUUGCUUGCCUUAAGGCCAUUGUACUAUUCAAGCCAGAGACACAUAGCCUCAAAGACCCAGAGCAGGUGGAGAAUCUGCAGGAUCAGUCGCAGGUGUUGCUGGGUCAGCAUAUCCAUUCAAUCUACCCCGACCAGAGCACCAGGUUUGGGAAAAUGUUGCUUCUGCUGCCGUCGCUUCGCUUCGUGAGCUCAGAGAAAAUCGAGCGGCUGUUUUUCCACAAGACGAUCGGCAGCACGCCCAUGGAGAAGCUGCUGUGCGACAUGUUCAAAAACUGAACAAGCAUCAAGAGAAGCUGAACUCUUCUAGAAGAACACAAUACACCAGCUCAAACAAAUUUCCUCAGAGUAUAAAUUACACCUACUUUUGACUUGUUUUUAAACUCAACAUAAUAGACAGUAGGUAAGGAACAAGUGUGUAUGAAUUAAAAUGGAAGAAUGUCUGUCAUUGUGAUAUUGACUCACUUGGGAACUCAACCAUCGUUUUAUAUCAUUUGAAAUACAUGUAAAGGUUUCUGAAAUGCUGAUGUAAGAAAGGUAAUUUCUUAAUUCUUUUUAAAUGUUUCAUUCACAGAUUUAGCAAAUCAUUUAUGUAGAUAAAUGUUUUUCUUUAAAAUACAUCGUACAAUGUAUUU